AUGGGAAGCUACGUGCGGGUAUCCUACAGGGAGGAUGGCAAAGGCUCACAGAUGCAGUUCGAGGGAGUUAUGGCAGAUCGACGAAUCGGCGGCACGGACCGUGAGUCAUACAUUGAGCUGAAGAACGCUUUGGGCGUGGGCAAAGAGAAUGAGAUCAUUGCGUUCGAAGGCAUCAAACGUUUGUAUGAUGCUUUCAUCGACGACAUGGACCCAGCAGAAAGAAGGCGCUUUCUUUGCAUUCACGGAUGUCACGUUUUUGUCACGGUGUCGUGGCUCGCUGGUACACCAGUUGGCAACUGCGCAGUGGUGGAUCGAAUAUCGUUGACAGCUGGGUUAUCAAAGGCCGCAAGAAGAGAUCGAUGCGGCCCAAAACCGCAUCAAGGCAUUUUGACGUGCGAGUGUGUGGUUGUUGCACUGGCCAUUUUGUAUUAA